AUGAACAAAAGCCAUGAAUAUGAGAGGGUAUUUAAUCAUUUUGAUGAGAAUGGAGAUGGGAAGAUAUCGCCGGCGAAGCUUCAACAGUGUGUGAAGGCGGUAGGAGGGGAGCUGUCUCUUGUAGAGGCGGAGGAGGUGGUUCAGGCCUUGGAUACGGAUGGAGAUGGAUUGUUGGGGUUAGAAGAUUUCAUUAGGUUUAUGGAAGAAGUUGGAGAGGAAGAGAAACUGAAUGAUUUGAAAGAGGCUUUCAAGCUGUAUGAGAUGGAUGGUUGUGGAUGUAUCACACCAAAGAGUUUGAAGAGGAUGCUUAGUAGAUUAGGUGAGUCCAGGACUUUAGAGGAAUGCAAAUUGAUGAUUGCUCUGUUUGAUCUUGAUGGUGAUGGAGACCUCAAUUUUCAUGAAUUUAGAGUCAUGAUGUCGUGAUAUAUAUAUACUUCUCCUUCUUUUAUAUAUAUG